UCGAAUCUCUCGCCAAAACAGACACCCUACAUCGAGAUCGAGUUCCGCGAUGCACCGAAGAAGCGCAUCAAGCGUAACCUCUCGCUGGAUUGCGACGAAAACGACAACGAAACCCGCUGCUGCCGGUACCCGCUGACGGUGGACUUCGAGAAGUUUGGCUGGGACUGGAUCAUCGCCCCGAAGCGGUACGAAGCGUCCUACUGUGCCGGCGAGUGUAUGCUGAGCUUCCUGCCGCGCUACGAACACACCCACGUGAUGCAGCUGAGCACCUCGGCUAUCCCGUGCUGCUCGCCCAAGAUGAUGAGCCCCAUCAAGUUGCUGUAUUUUGAUCUGAACUAUCGAGUCAUCUACAGCACCAUACCGAACAUGAUCGUGAAGAAGUGUAGUUGCUCCUAAGGGUGCGUAAACUGCGCUCCGAAAUCGGUGUUUUUUCUAGCAAGUAAGGAUUCUAAGCAUUAAGAGCAAUGAAUUGAUGAGUCUGAUUUGGGAUAUUUCAAUUGGAACAUGGAGUGGAAUAAAAUUAUGAAUCAAAUCUAGAACUAGGGCAAACCCUUCCCACUCAAACGUAAAGUGUAUUAUCUCAUGUGACGGGUGAUAAGCGAAAUUUUAAAACGAAACAACAUAAAAUAAUGAUAAAAAUGUGGCAUUUAGGCUAACUCGACUUAAAAUCAUGUCUCAAUUUCGUUUCCAAAUCUUGUGAUAACUAUUAUCGAAAGCAGCUUAAUUUUUGCGAAAAAAAAGUUCUGGAGAAACUUUCUUAAAACCUAAGCACUAGAGAAAUCAUUAGAUAAUUUGAUUAGCGUUAUUAUAAUAUAAGGCAGAACCAAAGGGAAAGAGAGCACAGUAAUACAAAGAAAAAAAAAUCACAUAAUAUUAAACUAAAAUAGCUUGAUAGUCGGUACUGCAACUGCCCGAAGUUGGCGAAUGCGAUGCAAUGAUUUGGAAAAUUUGUGUUCAAAAUUGUACAUAAUGAACAGGACAAUAAGGCUCCAUGGUUUUAAAGUGAAGCGAGUAAGCACGACAAAAAUAGUGAGUAAGGCUAAGAAUACAGUUAAACGAAGAUAACCUAAAAGUAA